CGACUACGAUGAAUCAGUCGUGAAAUGCACGUUCAGCUGCGCAGUUGAGUUUCAUUCAAUUUAUUGCUUCCACUCGCAUAGGCAAAGAAUCCAUCGAUUAAGUUGAUUGCGCUGGAAAUGUAGUUUUUUUUUGUUGUUCCAGAAUAUAAUUAAGGAGAUUUAUGUGCAUUUUCAUUUAUAUUACUAAGGUUAUAUAGACUGAUUAUUGUAAAGAAAAGACUGUACGAAAACUUUUACAAUUAGUGAAGUGCUGAACGAAUCCAGUGCUCGGAAAUAGUGAAGGACUGUUUAACGUACCGAUGGUAAAAAGUGCGAAAGAAGUUGGACAAUUUCACAACCCAGGCCGCAAACAGUGCCAGUUUCGUUUGAAUAGUUAGUGACGUCAUCCAAAGAUAAGCCUCGCUGCUCAUCAUCAGUUGGUAUCGUGGUUGUUCCGGAAAUACAGCUUACUUUGAAGUAGCAAUCAACCCUACAAGCAGGAAAUCCGAAUGUUCGACAAGGAAACGGGAGAGUUGGAACUUGGUGCAUUCCAUUACGAUGGUUUGUAUUACGACCGGGAGACAGGCGAAAGUAGUUCUCAACCUACGUAUGUGGUGCGACGUGAGCGCUCAAAGUUCACCAUUCCGAAGCAAUACCUGAGGAACUACGAGUCAAGCCAUGCUCGCAAACAGGGCUGUAUUUCGAAAGUCAACAGCAGCUAUCCGCUUGCAAGUCGGGAGAAGAUGAUGCACCUGAAGGAGGAAAUAAUCCUUGGUUAUAACAAGACAAGUUAUCUGUUACUGUUGAUUCCGCCGCUCUUUAUCAUGCCCAAAUUGGCUCUAAUGCUGAUCCUGCUUACCGAAGUGGCGCUGCACCGAUGGGCUCACAAGAAAAAUGCAUGUAACACGAAUCCGGAAACAUACUACCGUACUCCGCUCCAUAUCAUGACGAGCCAGUUCUGUGGUAUCUGCCGUCAUGAGCGGCAAAUGGAUUGGAUUGUUAAACUGCAGGAUAAACGGAUGAGACAAAUGCAAAACUAUUUCCGAAGAGUGACAAGAACAAUCGCAUAAAAAGUUCGGAAUAUAUGAAUAAAAAUGUUUUGUUCUUGAAAA